UUUGCAGGCUUAUCUAAGAGCAGAAUCUCGUUGUCUCGUCUCACACAAAAUUGUACGAAAGGUGACUGUUAUUAAUGGAAAUAAUGUUUAAGCUGCUGGUGGUACUAACAACAUCAACAUGCUUAUUUUCAACUGUUAAUUCCGGUGUACCAAUUGCUACUGGUGGCCCAUCGCUAAUUUACGAAGGCAAAGACGCCUUACUCACAUGCGUUGUCUCAGAGAAUCGCGCCAAUCACACUGUGAUAUGGAAGAAAUCCGACGAAAUACUCACAGCCGGUAUGGUGAGAGUGACAAGCGACACACGUAUCAGCGUGUUACAUGAUGAGAGCGAAUGGAAAGGUGAUCCAAAAGGGCUUGAAUCGGGCGGUGAAGUGUGGGUGUUGCUCGUAAGACGAUUAACCACCGAAGAUUCGGGUAGUUAUAUCUGUGAGCUGAAUUCGGAGCCGGUGCUCAGAAGUAUACAUAUACUAUUAGUCAAAUCAGUCUCCUCGAACGAUAGCAACAUCACCACCACCACAGAGUCGAGUGAUGUUUAUCUGGUGCCCCCACCACUCGACGCCAACGACAAUCGUUCCUUUUGGCGCGUACCUACCGUUGCGCCGCAAAUCACACACGAUUUCACCGAGUGCUGUGAGCGCGCCAAUGUCAGCGCCGAGUGCAUGGGUUUUUGCAAUGUGCACAAUAUAAUUGACGGUACGACAGGCAUUGAGCCGGAAGCCUGCGAGCGCGACUUUCCCAAUAUUGUACGUUGCAUGGCGGAUGGUCGCGAUCAUGUGCCCUGCUGUGUGGAUAAGCAGAUACCCGAUCUGUGUCAAGAUAUGUGUCGUGGUGAGUAUACACCGUUCACGGACCUCCUAAAGACGCGUGUCUCAUGCGUACAUCACACGCUUAGCGGUCUACAGUGCAUUUUGCAAGGUGUACAGAAUAUACCGAGCACACCGACGAGUGUCACCGUGGAUCAUGUGUCGGAGACACGUGUCACUGUGCACUGGUAUGAACCAGAGAAGUUAGCACAUAAGGUGGACUAUUACAGUGUGAACUUCACGGCUCUACACAGCUUCGAUGAGGAUGAAGUGUCCAAUUCAUAUGCGUGGAAGAAACGCCCACUGGAGCAGACAAUUAUACGCACGGUGCCCGUAAAUCAGACCACACUUACGCUACAAGAUCUCACGCCGCUCACCAUGUACGCAAUUGUGGUGACGGCGCACAAUGGAUACGGCUCGAGUUUGCCAAGUGAGCGUUUGCGUGUAUUCACGCACACCAGCGAAGUAUUUGCGCCACGCAAUGAAGAUGGCGAAGAGAGUGCUUCGGUGGAGAGCACAAUGCCUGAGCUGCCCAACAUACGUAGUUGCUGCGAGGCCAAGGGAAUGACACACCGCAAGUGUUUGGAUAAAAUGUGCGAUCCACAAAAGACCGAUCUUGCUACGUUGCCCGACUUUAUGGUCUGCGCUCCAUGGUCUAACAUAAGUUUCACUUGUUUGGCCAAUAAUAUCGAUCACACACCGUGUUGCCGUGCACGUGGCAUACCCGCUGCCUGUUUUCCGCUGUGCUCAGGCAAAAUAUCAACAUUGGACUUUAGUCUGUUCAAGUGCCUUCGCCUCAUGUCCGAGUACAGCAGCUGUCUGUUCCAGGGCUAUGGCGUUUUAGCGGAUCCACCUUCCAUGAUACGUACCGUGGCAAAGGCGGAUAGCUUCAUAAUUCUGGAUUGGGACAAACCAAAGCGUCUGGCAGAUACUAUCAUCACUUACCAUGUAAAAUUUAGACGGUUGGGCGAAGGCGAUGACUAUCUGACAGUAGUGAAGAAAAAUCCACCACUCAUUCUAGAGGGCCUCGAACCCGAAGUCUACUAUGAGUUCUAUGUAGUCUCCGUGAAUCAAUAUGGUAAGAGUGAAGCAUCACCACGUCUCAUCACACGCACACAACCCGCCGAGGUGGUUGAUGAGCCAGAACCCGUUUACAAUAUGACAAAAUGCUGUCAGGCAUCCGGUUUGCUGCCACAAUGUGCGCCACUCUGUUCGUAUAACAUCAAAUUAUCGGAUAUUGAAAAGCUUGGACCGGCGUGUCGUGCACAAAUGGCUGUCAUCGUGCGCUGCGCUGCAGGCGGACGUGACCAUACACCUUGCUGUCAGCGCCGCGGUGUGCCCACCGCGUGUAUGACCAUUUGUCGUGGCGUCAUGCCACAUACCACGAACGGAGGCGGUAGCGGCAGCAGUGGUGGCGCUCUGAGCAGUAACAGUUAUAGCAGCAACAAUAGCACGACGUCGAGUGAUUGUUUGUCUUAUGCUGGAAAUAUUUUGCAAUGCAUAGAAGAAGGCACUGAAAGCAUACCCGGCCCGGCUGAAGAUGUCCAUGCAAUUUCUGUAACAAAUACCACAAUUACCUUGGCCUGGCGUCAACCAGGCUAUGAAGCGAGCGCACCCACAGUAGCAACAGCGCUCAAUAAAGAAGCCAGCGACAAAGACUUUGCCUCAGCAGCCACCUCCAUCUCCACAGCUAACGCGAACAAUGGCGACAGUGUAAACUCUUCAAACGCUAAUGCCCACGUCACCGGCGGUGAUGCGUCCGCAUCCACAACCGCCACCAGCACCACUGAUGAUGAUGAUAUCGAUUUUAUAGUCCAAUAUGGCAAAGUCAAUAACAUGACCCUCUAUGAGACUGUGGCGAAACUGGAAAAUGAAUUGACCACAAACGAGACCAGCAUUGCACUGACGCAUUUGGAGCCACACGCUUUGUAUCGCAUUAUGGUAGUGACGCGCGGACGGUAUGGUACGGCGUUGCCAUCAUCGAUGCUGUUGAUCAAUACCACGGAUGAUAAGAAUGCCAAAUUCAACAAUAAUACCUACGGUGCACCCUCACCGCCACACUCCCUCUCGAUUACAUCACACAGCGCGACCUGGAUGCAAUUAACUUGGCAGCCACCAGAAUAUUCACAUCCGCAUGAGAAGAUCACCUACAGAAUCUACCAUAAACCCAUGAAAUCGGAGAAGUUUAACAAAAUCGAGACCCGCGUAGCAUGGCUGCGUAUGAGCAACCUGAAGCCGAGUUCACAACACAUACUCUACGUCGAGGCAGUGGGUGAGCAUGCGACAUCGCUACCCUCCGAAACGCUAGUGGCAUGGACCGAUCCCGCGCUACCAGCAUUCGUUGAUCCACCCACCGUGCAUCCGGCAGAUAACAUACCCGAAGGCGGUUCGAUGACAAUACUCUGUCUGGCUUUGGGUAAUCCAGCGCCUACGAUUUCACUGUACGUCGGCGGUCAUUUGGUGCGUCAAGACACAUCGAGACAUAUGGUCACAGUUAUACAUAAUGUCAGCGCCGAUAUGGAGCAUAUUUCUUGCUAUGCGGACAACGGUUAUGGCGUACCUAUGCAGGCCACAAGAAGAGUUAAUAUUUGUUACGCGCCAAAAAUCACCGCUGCCGGCAUUACCGUCGCCUCGUUAGGCGAUGAUGUUGAGCUGCGCUGCACUGUGGAUGCCAAGCCGACACCAAAGACCAUCUUCUGGCGCGAUCAUGAUGGGCGUGUGCCAGUCAUACAGGGCGGACAUUUCGAUAUCUCCACCAAAAUAAAUGAGUCACACACGAAUCUCCACACAAUGUCGUUGCGCAUCAACAAAGUGCUAGCGACCGAUGUAGGCGAUUACUUCUGCCAUGCCGAGAAUGCUUUUGGCUCCUCAACAACCGCCGUCUCGGUGCGUAUACGCACCACACCGGCGCUCGGUCGCAACGUCUCGGAGUGUUGCCGUCAAAUGAAUGUCUCGUUGGCCUGCAGCGCCGCUUGUAGUUAUUAUGUGGAUAUAGAGGCGAUCGCCGAUAAGCCCGAGUGUAUUGUGGACUUUGAUAAGUUGAUGAAAUGUGCAGCGGAUGGUUCGGAUCAUCGUAGCUGUUGUGCGGAUGCGAAUGUGCCGCGAAAAUGUUUGAACUGGUGUCGUGGGGAUGCGGUGCGAUCAAAGGAGAUCUGCAGUUUGCAAUAUUCACGUACCAUUGUGGGUUGCUUUGAGAUGAAUCGGGAUAAGUUACCGGGUCCGCCGGAAAAUAUUGCUGUUAGUGUGAUGUCGGACAAUGAAGUGAUGAUCAGAUGGGAUCCACCACAAAAGAACCCGAACGUCGUUGAGGGCUAUCGGAUAUUCUAUCAUGAAGCAGCCAUACUGGCGCCCGAUUCCAGCGAGUCCAGUGGUGAUGGCAUUGCCUAUAACACAACAAAUUUGUUAAACUCAACCGAAAUAAGACGAAUCGAUGUCAAAGACACGACAGUGAAUAUAAAUGGACUCAAGAAGGAUGUGCUCUAUGAGUUGGUGGUCAAAGCUGGCAAUUCGUUUGGUGCCAGCAUUCUCACUGAACCUGUAAAAUUCACUCUCGGUGAUCAUCAUGUCACCUCAGCGACGACUUAUUCGAAUACUGUCGGCACUAUUAGCGGCAUUGUAGCAAGCAUUUUGGCCUUGUUGUUGGCAGCAGCAGCCAUUGUAUUUUAUCGGCGUCAUCGUGCACAUAACGGUAAGGCUGGUAAUGGUGUGGCAUUUGAGAAUCCAACCUAUACGCGUGGACUGGAGCAAGUGCAGCUCCCUACCGUAACCUCAGCUAUAACGCAUGCCGGCAGCACCGCCCAAACCGCGCAGCGUGAAGGUAUUGUCAACGAUGCGAAUGCAGACGCGCACACACAAUGCAACGAAGUAAAUCCGACAAUUUAUGAGGAGCUCAAACUUGGCCAAGAAGGUGCUGGAUUCAAGAAACUUGUGCCAUAAAUGCCAAAAAAAAAAAAAAAAUAAGAAUAAAA